AUAUAUUUCCUAUUUCUGCAUUAAAAAAAAAAAAAUUCUUAUUUAAUGCGGUAAAAGAAAAAAUGAACCCAACCAAACCAAAAAUUAUUCUCUUCCCCUGAAAUCCAUCUCAGAUUCAUCCAAUGGCCUUCCAUCACCCUCACCACCACCAGCAAAACCUCCACACCACCGCUGCUUCCUAUUGCUGCUGCCAACUACCACCUCCACCCUCUUGCCACCAUUUACCACCAUUAUCACCUCCAACCACCGAUCCAUUUCAUGUCGCAGCCAUUGUUUCUCAACUUCUCCAAUCCCAAAACCACCAAAAUCUCCAAUCCCAAAACCACCAAAAUCUCCACCCCAAAAACCACCAAAAUCAAAGACCCGCGCAUCAAGAGAAUCCGUUUAUUUUCUCUCUCCUCCAAAGAAUCGAUGCCCUUGAAUCCUCCCUUCAGAAAUACUCAACUUCUGGUUUUUCCUUGAGAGAUGCUGCUGCUCGAAUAAUUCAAGCCCAUUUUAGGGCUUAUCUUGUUCAUAGAUCAAGGACUCUUCGUCAGCUCAAAGACCUAGCUUCCAUUAAAUCCGCUCUUGCUACUUUUAAGUCUUCAAUUUCUCGUCAAGCUUUUGUUGAUUUUGAUUCUCUCUCUCAUAAUGCUAUGGAUUUGCUCCAUAAACUUGAGUCUAUUCAGAGUGGUGAUAAGAUGAUUAGAGACAGUAAGAGGACAGUUACUAGAGAGAUUGUUGAAUUUUUAGAAUUAGUUGAUGGGUUUUGUGCGAAGAGGCGUCAAGUUCUAACCAUGAAGAUCAAGAGCAUGAGGUUGGCGAGGAAUGAUAAUAUAGCUGCUCGUGAUACUAAGGAGUUUUCAGGGCAUAAUGUGGGUUCGAAAACUCGAACUGUAGACAAUAAAGAGAAGAAAUUAAUGGCAAAUUUGAGGGAAAGAGUUGAAAAUAUUGGUAGGAUGGCGAAAGCGCUUGAGGAGCAGGAGCAGGAAGCAUUUGGAGAUGCUGAUAUCGACGAAUUUAAGCAUGUUGAUGAUGAGGAUGAUGAUCUACUUGGUCAAAUAGCUAGCAAUUAUAGAUUGAAAAAUGGAUUAAAUGUAAAGCAACAUGCUCAGAGCUCGAAUGCCAGAAAACGUGUUUGUUUUGUAGAGGAUGGAAACUUGAUUAGGUUAUAUGAUACUGAUGGGGACUCCUCCAGAAGUACUUCUCGGCUGGUUGAUGUGAUUGAAGAUUCUACUAAAGGAACACACGACGAAGAAGAAGCACAAAGCGAUGUCGAAGGGUCCUCACAAAGCAGUGAAGAGUUGAGGAAAUUUAGAAGUGAUGAAGUCAGUGAAGAGUGUGAGAACCAAGAUGAGUUCACAUUUUCCACUACUCCAGAACCUGCAAAGAUGGAACCCAGAGUGGAUUUCAUGUCAAGGAAACCUGGUGUAAAAAUAGUUUGAUAAAGAAAUGAGUUUGGCAUUCUCCUUCAGAUUGUUUGCAACUUUGCAAUAGACAUUCUUUUUUCCGGAUUUGGAAUUCUUAUGUAUUUUAGCUUGUAGGUGGAAUUGACUUGUCGUGAAUUAGAAUGUGUUUUUUUUGUUGCUAUUAUGAUGUAGUAUCAUUUAGCUUUCCUGUAUUGAAAGAUUGUAAUGUGUGCGUAGAUUUCUAAUCUAAUUCUUAAAGACUUCUUCAUGUCCA